AGGUCAGCUGGGAAGAUGUCACAGCUGACAUGUGAGAACACCUCACUCUACCAAAAGCCAUCUCUGCUACGUCGGGAUGGCUGCCUGAACUGCUCCUGUGAGAGCUUUAUAUUAAGGCUUAAGGGUUAGAUGUAUGUAAACUGUGUGAGAUGUAUGGCAUGUUAAGAUUUGUUAUUCAUUUAUGACUUCCUGAGAGUCGUACAUAAUCUAGUUCUUGAAAGCAGGUUCUCAGAGGGCAAUAGAAGAAACCUAUAAAGACUUUGGUGCCAAGAAUGAAAAGGAAAAAGUACCUAAGGGGAUGAUAGAAUAACAACAACAAAAAUUUUCUUCUAGCAUUUAAUACACAAAGUAAAUAUUCGUAGCCACACAACUGCUUUAAUUGUAGGACUAGGGUGACUCUUUAUUUUAAGAAGUCACUUAAUGUUUAAAAGAGGUGUUGAGAACAUUGGGGAUUUCAUUGUCAGGGCUCUGCUAUUUUCUAGCUAGGUGAUCUUGAGAAGUCAUUUACCCUCUCUUAGCUUCAGUUUUGUUCUUUGACAAAAGGGGCAGUAGAUACCUGUCCUGCUUACAUCAACGGGUGAUUGUGAAAACUGCUUGCAUCAUAGGGUGAUUUUGAGGUUGCUGCAAGUAAAAUGCUUAAGUGUUGGCAAAUGAUUUAUAAUUGAUGUUAGCAUAGACAUUGGCAAAUUAUUUGUAUUUGAUGUUAGCUGUGAACCUCCCCUACUAAAUAUCAGUGGAGGUAAUUUCAGUGCUGUCAACAACAACAACAAAAAACCCCCCAAAAACAGGUGUACCAUCAAUCCCUCAUUCCUUUAAAUUUUGAAGGCUCUGUGGGGCGCCUGGGUGGCUCAGUUGGUUAAACGUCCCACUUCAGCUCAGGUCAUGAUAUCACAGUUUCUAGAGGGCCAAAAGGCAUCUGAAGGGAGAUUUCUGGGGAUGGAAGAAGAAGCUCCUAUGCUUCUCUUUAGGAGAAAAGCAGAAAAGAGAGAGAAGGUCCAUUAUCCCUGAGAAUGACCCCCAUCUCCCAGGUGGCAUCCCUUGUGCAGGAUAUGUCAAAGGUUCCUGGUGUCAAAGUGACCGGAGGUGUUUCUUGAAGUUGCUAUGACCACCAAUCAGCCAACCAAGGACUCCUGAAGGGGGAAUGCUACCAUCCCCCUGCUUCCCCAUUGCAUUCUAGAUUAGACGGGUGCCUGUUGUAGGGACCAAAAUAAUGUACCUUGAAAGCAGUGCCCUAAAAGGCCAUGCCUUGAAGAAUAUGCCUUGAUGGCCAUGCCUUGAUUACCUAGUCUGUGAUGAGUGUGUUGUGGAGGCCAUGCUUUAGUUUCUCGAAAAACCUAAGAUUUUUAGCCCAUGAAAAACACGAGAAAAUUUACGGGGUGGGGGAGAGCUACCCCAUUUUGUAUUUUAAGUACUUAGUAGAGGAUAAUGACUGAAAACAGUAAAGAUAGGAAUCCAUCAUGAUCUAAGUGACAUUCCAACACACAUAGCCUUUACAGCCAACUCCCUAGAAAACGGUCCCUGACUGGGUUUUAAUUCAAUCAGGUACUGAUUUGGCUGGCUCCCAGUGGAGGUCUCCCAGCCUGAAGCAGCUAGACAAGAGAUGUGGAGGGGAUCACAUUAGACCAAUGAGGAGGAAACCUCACAUGAGAGUCUUAAGAUUGGCAGCUGUCCUGGUUAUUUAGGUGGCUGUCCCAUGCCCAAGACAGACAACUUUGUAUAAAGGACAAGAAUAAAGAGAGGGGAUCAAGUUUCUGAGUCUUAUUACCAUUCUAGCCAGGGUACUAACUUCCAGCCAAAAGGCAGGCUUUCUUCUCCCCGUAGAGUAGCCAUGGGUUAGAGAAUUGCAGCCUGAGAAAUCGAUAUGAAAGUGUUCCAAUAAGACCAUAGUUCUCGAAAAGCCCCUGAAAUAAGAGUAAAGGAAGAAAAGAGAGAGUAUACUCACUGAAUUUGCACCGGCUCAGAGUCCCAAUAAAAAGACUGAACGUGCCAUGCUGGGGACCAAAUGAAGUUUUGAGGUGACGGUGGGGGGACGAUCUGGAGCCGAUGGCCAAGAAAGAAUUCUUGAAGAUGUCUUUGGUACAAAAAGCUGGUUUUAUUAAAGCACAGGGACAGGACCCAUGGGCAGAAAGAGCUGGACUAUAAGUGUUGGGGGAUACUUUUAUGGCGUAGGGGGAGACAAAGUCAAGAGAGAGUUCCUAAAGGGAUUUUCAUAGUCUAAAGACUCAGAAAAUUGGAGGCCUGGCUAUAGUCAGGAUAAGGUUGUUUUUCCCUCAGGCAAAGCAUUAACAUUAAGACAGUAGGGGGUUCCUGGACAUUAGGCUGUUGACAGGAUUGCCUUUUUCUGGUGAACUGGAGACUAUCAGUUCAGCCAUUUGUUUUUUGUCCUUUCUUGGUUUUGAGUAGCCUGGAGUUAUCUAAGGAAUAUCACACAUUGCCCACAGUUGGCAGGUAGGGGAUUGUGUGCUAGCUUGUGCUUGGCCCCUCAGCCAGCCUCAUGCUCCCUCGUCAAUAUGAUGAAAAGAUGAGGUAGAAAAACAGGAUGGCAGGGUAGGGCAGAGGGACCUGCAGGAGGAGAGGUGGAGGGACCUUCUGGGCUGGUAGGUGGGGAGGGGCUUGGGGCACACCCUCUCCAAUUGUCCCCUCCACCAACCCUCAGAAACCUUUUGUGACUUUUCAGUGCUCUGUGAUGUAAGCCUGGAGAGUUAUAUAGUCAGGCAUCGGCACACUCGGAGCUCAGUUACCUAUAGGCAGCCUUGCGAUUCAGUUACCUAUAGGCAGCUUUGUGAUUCUCUCAUUUCAGAAUAGUGCUACUGAACCAUGUUGUGCUUUGGCUCAACAGGCUUUGAGACUGACCCCAACUUCACCUUCUUGUAUGGGUUGGGGUUGCUUCUUCUGUUCCUGUGCUACCUGAUGGGGAUUCCAUUUCCAACUGGGAACACCAAACCCAUCCAAAAGUGUCAGGGCAGAGCCAAGAGGAGGAGGAAAGGCGGUACACUGAAAGAUUGGAAAUGCCUUCAGAGAGAAGAGGAAGAGAUAAGGAAGCUGAUGUGUAAUAUAAGGAGCCCCCUAGGCCGGCAACGUGAUACAAUCCACUUUCGUCAACUGUUAUGUCCAGACCCCUUCUGUGAGGUGUGUAAUAACACAACUGCUGAGAUCAAUCGGAUGCGGUACCCAGAGGCCCUCGAAGAUGCUACUCCCUUGGGUUCCACAGCUCCUGUGACUGACUCAUUGUUCACUUCAUCCCCUGCCUUCUCAGCAGACCCUCCAGGAGACCUAAUAUCAGCUUCUCUGCCUGAGCCUUCCCUGCCACUUGCCUCCACCUUCCCACCUAACCCAAUGACCCCCUUGGCUGACUAUGUUCCACUCUCACCACCGGAUCACUCUUGGCCACCACAGCCUUGUCCUCCCUUGGAAUCUGAUUUCCCUGAGGACCAUUUCCCACCCCAACCCCUUGCCGUGUCCCCUCUCCCACCAUGUGAUGCUCAGACAGUGGACCCUGUUGUUCAACCAGAGGCCAAAUUGGCUCUAAAUACCAUCUUCUCUCUUGACUCCCCCGUUUCCCAAGAUGUCAACUCCUUAUCGGAGUUGUCCCAGACAAAGAAUCCCACUGAGACCUGUGCUUGUCAUCAUGCACCACCAACCCUGUCUGUUUCACCACCACCAGACAGCACUUUAACUGUGGCUCAAUCUAAAUCAGUUUCCAUCACCUUGAAGCCUGUUCCGGAGAACUCAUCUCCAGAUGGCCCUGUUGGAUUGUCCACUCAUAUCCCAACAACCACAGGCACUGACCAUGCAAGCUUGUGUGUCUCAGACUUCUCUUGGGGCAAAACUCAUGCCAAAGACUUCUUCCCUUCUACCUUGGCUCAAUGUGAUUUCAGCCAAGAGAUUCUUGCCCUCCGUUCUGAGGCUUCUUCCAGGGGAGACCCUGUGCCCUACGUUGUAGAGCCUGGCAGCCUGUCUUUCCUCAGCCCUGAAGUCCUGGCACUUCUGGAGAAACAAGUCCAAAAGAGGAGUGAUUUCUUGAUAUGGAAGGGAAAGAAGGGUUCUUUUCCAAAACAACUCAGGCCAGACUACACACUAAAUUCUUUGGGAAAAAUGUCAGAGUCAGUUGCUGCCCAGCCUGACUUGGCAGCCUCCCUUCCUUUCUGGAACAGCAAAGACAAAUCAAAGGAGCUACAUGUGCAUCAGCAGCCCCCCUACCCCCCCUUGGUAGAGGUCCAUUUACAGCAAACACCUUUGCAGGUCUUCUGGGGUCUCCCAACUCUGGAUACUGAGUCUUUGCCCUCUGUUGCCCAUGUCUCAGAGGAUUGUUCCUCAACCUUUAUUUUCAAUAGAAUCUCUACCUCCACAGACCAGGAAUCCCCAGGACUUCCCCCUCCACUUCCUCAGGCCCUGCCUGAGAUCCAGCCUCAACCCCAGCCUCAACCCCAGCCUCAACCCCAGCCCCUACCUCCCACUCAAGUCCAGCCUGAGACCUACCUUCAGUCCCCACUCCCAAUCCUGCCAUCUAGUCCUCUACCCCAGAUUAAGAGCUGUGGAGUGUGUUUUCAUAGACCCCAGAAUGAGUUGGAGUCUCUCAUCCCCUCUGAAAUUCAAGACCUAGAAUGGAAUGUUUUGCAGAAGCAACAGGCACGUUUGUGGGGCUUACCCGCUGUGGUUCAAAGAUCCCAUGAGGCCUUUUGUCCUUCGGCUCCUAACUUGUCUAACCGCCGGGCCUUCCAGGCCCAUGGUGCAGUCUCUAUCCUUCCUGGACAGUUUCCUCUCAGUGAUGAGCUUCGUAAGAAACUAGAGCAUCACCUCCGAAAGAGGCUCAUCCAGCACCGGUGGGGCCUUCCCCGCAGGAUCCAUGAGUCUCUAUCACUGAUGAGGCCUCCGAAGAAUUUUUCAAACAUACCUGAGGUGGGGCACUAUCGUAGACUCCAACAGACCUCUAAGAGUCAGAGUAGCAACACUCUAAAUGUUGGGUUGAGCCAACCUGAAAGCUUCCAUGAGGGGGACUCAGAAAUGCUUCAGCUAGAGGACCCCUUUGGGAAGGAUCUGGGAAACAACCCAGAGAAUGGGCCAAAAGAUCAUCUGUUGAGUGACCCAGAGAGCUCUUCAGAUAAGGAUAUGGGGUAUGAUGCUGAGGAAGAACUUAUGAGCCCAUCCGAGAAUACAUCAAGGGCAUCUGUGGAGAGACUAGGCCAAAGGCAACUUGAAAAUGUCCUCAGAAUACAUCUGAGCAAAAAGUUGGAGGAAAUCAAUGAGGGUCAGCUCCCCGGGACCGUGCAUAGUUCAUGGCAUACUAUGAAUCAGACAUUGCUUCAUCCUGAGAAAUCCCACACUGAAAUACAACAGAGAGUUCUGCCACCAUCAGUGGGUGGGGAAUAUUGCCUGAAUACCUCCCGGGAGCUUUCCUUCAUUGAAUCCGAUGCACAGCAGAUGCUGGAGUCCCAUAUUAAACAAUGCCAUCAUAGAAUGGUAGAGGGCCUUCCCCCUAAGGACUGUGAAUCCACAGCUAUCUUUAAAUUGAAAGAGGCCCCAUCCCAGUCCUUAUCCCAUUCGAACCUGGCCUGCUCAACCAACCUGAUUUCUGGGUCCAACUCAAAAUCUGGGGACUUCAAGUCCCUUAGAGGAAGCUCUAAAUCUCUCCAUGGAGACAAAGUGGGAACAGCAAAUUCAGCCCCCAUCCUGGAUCAUUCUCUCCCUGCCACCUCAACUGUGGGCAAGGAAGGACAGGGAAUCCCAGCAAAAUCACCGCGUCCUAUCAACCAUGGGCUUGCAGAGGAAGUUCAGGAAAUGAAGGAUGGCAGACAGAUUCUUCAACCUAUCAGACAGAGCAGCAUAGGCAAAGCAAGCCAACAGGGCAAGAUGGUGGUGAAUCCAGAACCUGUUUCUGUGCCCAAAGUGUCCAGGGAGUCAUUCAGGGUUGAGGAGCCAGAUGGGCGUCAAUCAAAACCUAGAGAUAUCUUGACAACCAGCCAGCCAGGAAGCCCCCAAAUGAUAAAUGUGAAUGUAAAUAAGGACAAACGUACUGUGACCAUUAAAAGCCACCCAGCAAACACAUCAAUUCCCCAGGAUCCUAAUUUAACAGAACGGCUGUAUAAGGAAUUAAGGCUUAAAUUGGAGCAAACACAGCAGAGGUGGGCCCAGAGCAAAGACAACGACCUGCCCCCCUCGACUUCCAAGGCCUCCCUGACUCAUGACCAGGAGGACUCCAGUGGGGACAUGGGAGCUUCCCAGGUGCUUCACGUCCGUGUGCAGGACACAGGAAUUAGGACGGAACAGCAGCAGGAUACUUGGGUCCCUAAGCAUGUCUUAAGGAAGCACCAGCACAAGAAUCUCCCACCAGCUACAGAGACAGUGAGCCCUCCGUGUUCCAAAGCACAAGAGUUUGGUGGAGGGGAUGCAGGGUUGGGGACAUCCCAGCCUAUAAGGAAGAGUUGCCCUCCUCGGGACGUGGCACUGGCGGAGAAGCCUGGGAGCCAAUCCUCCCGCACCCUAUCACAGAAAGGUCAGCCUCCCCAUGAAAGCCUUUUUAGAAAAAAAGUGAAGGCUAUUUUACAAUGGCUUAAUCCUGGCAGAAAGUGCAAAAGACAAGAAAACUCCCAGGAAAAGGGCAUCCUGCCAUGUGUGCAAAGCAGAGGCAUGGUUCAAGGUAGAGCUGCCUUUACUGGGAGGACCGAAGCUCAGAAACUCAGGAAAGAUGUUGGGAAGUUCUUAGAAGAGAAGAUGGGGCACCGGCAUGCUACAGAUAGCGCCUGUCCUCAACAGCCCCUUCUGUCCUCAGCCAAGUUUGGGAAAACUCGGAAGGAAGCACAAGUGCAGGCCCAGGCACAGCCUGCCCAGGGGCCUCCUCUCAGCUACAGGGCUCCCUCCUGUAAAGAGAGAAAUACCAAGUCCUGUCACCAACAAGCUGUCUUUGUGGGCCACAGCCAUUCUCCAAGUAUUAGACAGAUCAGGGACAAGGGCAGACACCCCCAGGAAGCUGUGGCACUUAAGGGCCAGCUGCUGUGUCAGAACCAUCGCCUGUCUGUGCCCCACAGGGAGCCUGUGCCCCACCCACACUGCACCUGCAGGCAUCAAGCUGGCCAGGGGCCUCGAGCCACUCUCACCAGUGGUAAAGGCACGGUAUUGGGAGAUCUGUGUCUAUCAUUUAGACAGAAAACCCUUGUCCAGAAUUUCGAGAGGGGGAAAUUUCGCAGCCCGAAUCCCACAAAAUAAUCCCUUUGAUUCUCCCCCAAUAAACAUUCCUCUAACAGUGA